CGACGAUUUGUGAAAGUUGCAAGAUCUUCCUCAAAAACCACCAUUUCCACCCUAUUUUCAUUCAGAAUAGGCAUAUACAUCAUUCCCUCCGUCCAAUAACGUUCUCCGGUUUCCCAAAAACUACGCGACCAAGGGCUGGAUACCGUUUUUCGAAGGCCAAUAUGAGCUUUCAAUCGUUCAGGUUGGGUGAAAUGGUGAUGCAACACCCCCUUCCACCUCAUCUCUUGCAACUUCAACAACAGCCUUCAACUUCCAUAACACCAUCACUUGCCGGACAAGAUAAUACAAAGAUUGGUCAGAGAGCUCCUUACGGCUCCGGCGACUCCGAUGAUGGCUACACUCUUGUUUUUCCGAGCCUCGAGGCAUUCCAUGAAUGGCGCAGAAAGGAGGAGGAAACACAGGUGGUCGAAUUUGUGAAGGGUGACACACAUGGCAGCAAAGCGGUACCCCCUCGCUUCAAAGAACAUACGAAGUUGGUAUGUGCAAGGCACUCCCGGAGUGGGAGGAAGAAGUACGUGAAGAAACAUCCGGAACGUAUUAGGAAGGUCCCUAGCAGAAAGAUUGAGGGCCAAGGUUGUCCUGCUUCCAUCAGCUUCAAGACUUAUUUUGAUACCGAUGAAAUCCGUGUUUGUUAUAUAUCCCAGCAUUCCCAUGAAAUCGGAUUAGCCAAUCUUCCGUUUACAAGAAAAGGACGAAAGGCUGCAGCAGAACAACAGAGGACGCCUCGUAGACAGAGACAGACGAGUGAUGAUAAUUCCACUGCUCCAACUCUGGCACCUGCUCAACCACCACCGCCUCCACCACCUGCAAACGCAAACGCUUUCUCGUCUGGAGUCUUGGUGCCUCCUCCUCCUCCUCCGCAAUAUGCCCCUGGUCCUCCAGCCGCCGGGCAACCAUACUAUCAACAUUCAUACCCGUAUCAACCUCUUCAGCCUCUUCCUCCCAACCCUGAGGUCGGUCAGGAUCGCUGGCAGAACAUGGAAACGCUAUUUCACUCUAUCCGAGAGCACGCUAGAACGUUUUCGUAUCCCGUCGCUAGCAUAGCUGCUUUGGAAAGUGUACUUUUACGACUCUUUCUUGAAAGUCCUGCGCAGGCCCAACCAAUACCCAUUAUGCAGAAUCAUCAACAUCAGCAUCCUCCACACCCGCCACCACCACCACCACCACAAACACAGACUAGUUCAGCGCCUGUUCCUUCGGGAGGCGAGGAAGAGGAAGAAUCAGGGUCGGAUGAAAGUUCCUAACGAGAUAUCUGUCUGACACAAAUUGUUAUCGCUACCAAGGAAGGGGUUCCAACGAUGUCCGGACUAGAUGAAUGGGGCGGUAAUUCAAUGACAUAUUGUUGAAGUCCUUGGAUACCCAGUUUCGUACUUAAGAUUCAGAUUUCAGGUCCUCUUCCGUGGGCAAAGACGGGAGCUUCAACUGGGCCAAUGGUGGACCAUUACCUCAAAUUUUGUCGCCCGAAUGCCGUGGCAGCGAUCGUUGUAUCAGUGUACCUAGAACGAAAGUCAGCUUGAGGCGUUCAAUACUCAGUGUUCGAAAGGCUUUGGCUCUGCGGGAAUUUGUGGGGGCAAGUUGAAACAAGGGUGGUGUCAGUGCCAAUUCAGCUACUUCUCUUUGCAACGUUCGUGACUCUCGCUAGCAUUCUCGACGUCCUCUCUAAUGAGGUCGAUCAGCCAUGGAGAAGGAUGCACUCACGAAAUUGCCCCGCACUACGCUCGACAGUGUCAGUAUCAAUCCAGCACUCGGCUGAAGACAGGGAAUUCUUGAGCACGGAGUCAACUAGUGUUUUCCCAUCUUGAGACUUUGGAUCGAGUCUCGCAGACUGAAGAAGGGAUUUGAGUUUACUCGCACUGAUCAACUUCACGAUAUCGCCGGUUCUAGGUCGAGUGGGCUGUAUAUUUAAUUGAACUGGCUGGGCCGCCCAUCUUUACGCAUACACGAGUGUAUAUUCACCUACAAGUAAAUAGCCAACUGAUGAUACGGGAAUUGAAAUGGUGGAUGCUUAUGGUCUAGUACUGUGCAGAUGCAAUGAGGACUGGGGUAUUGAAAAAGCACGGGGAAUGUCAAUAUGGCUUCGUGAAUCCGUAAAGGGGAUGAGGAAGAAAUGUCAGAUCGAUGCGACGGCAACAUAUAUCGAAGGCAGAGGACUGAACGUUGUGUAGAAAGUCGAGUGUAGGGUGAUUAAGUAGCCCUUCUGGGUGCGGGAAGUCCUCGAAUAGCUACGCCUCCGCUGACAGCAGUGGUUGUCCCUUUGAAACGGGCAAUCCCAGAUGUAGGAGCUGGAAGUCUUGACCCCAUUCCCGCAGGUCGAGGCACACCAGAAGACAUACCUCC